AUGUUCAAUCCCCGCUUUCUCGUUGUCAGCCUGGGCAAUCCCUUGCCCAAAUACGAAAGUCUACAUUCUGCCGGUCAUUUCGCUCUCAAUGGCCUCGCUCAAGUCUUACGUCAACCCUCGUUUCGAGAGGUGGCAUUCGGAGGUCAGACAUGCCUAGUAUCUCAAGGUCCCAAAUACACUCUGGUUCAAUCGCCUACUCUGAUGAACAUUUCUGGUCGGUUUGUCGCAAAGGCGUGGAAAGAAAUGACCAAUCAACAUGACCCCUCAUCACUCAGUCUAGUGAUUGUUCACGAUGAACUCGAAAAGGACUUGGGCAUUGUGCGGCUCACGGCGUGGGACCGAAGUCACAAAGGGCACAAUGGUAUCAAAAGUGUCAAGGGAUCUCUUUCACAAAAUAAAUACCCCACGUCGCCGUUUGUGCGAAUUGCCGUUGGGAUUGGACGACCCGCCGAGAGAGACCCCGAGACCGUUAGCCGUUACGUUCUUGAUCGGAUAUCAAGCGACAAAAGGAGAAUUCUAGAAGAAGAAGCACCAUGGAAAGUCGCCGAGUGCCUUGUUGAGCUGGAAAAAGAAUGGAAGGCUGAGCUCAAGACAUGA